AUGCCGCCCUCGCUCCGCCUCCUCCUGCUGCUAGCCCUGGCCCUAGCUCUCACCCUCCCGCCCGCCGCGCCGCAGCCGGCGCCCGGGUCGGCGGCGCAGCCGCAGGAGGACGACGCCAAGUGCCUCCGCGGCGUCAAGAGCGACCUCAGGGACCCCGAGGGCCGCCUCUCCUCCUGGACCAGCAACACCUCCGCGGGCGCCGUCUGCGACUUCUCCGGCAUCUCCUGCUGGAACCCGCAGGAGUCGCGCAUCCUCGCCGUAUCCCUCUCCGGCUUCGGCCUCCAGGGCAAAAUCCCCCCCGCGCUCCAGUACUGCCGCUCCGCCAACACGCUCGACCUCUCCUCCAACGCGCUCGAGGGCCAGAUACCGCCCGCGCUCUGCGACUGGAUCCCCUUCGUCGUCAACCUCGACCUCUCCGGCAACCGCCUCACCGGCCCGCUCCCCUCCGAGCUCGCCAACUGCCGCUUCCUCAACUCGCUCAAGCUCAGCGACAACGCCUUCUCCGGCCAGAUCCCCGCCUCCCUCGCGCGCCUCGACCGCCUCAAGGCGCUCGACCUCUCCGGGAACCACCUCGAGGGCCAGAUCCCGUCCCAGCUCGGCUCUGCCUUCUCCAAGGACUCCUUCUCCGGGAACUCGGGCCUCUGUGGCCACCCUGUGUCCUCGCGCUGCGGCGGCGGACUUGGGGGCACCGGCCUCGGCAUCGUUAUUGCUGCCGGGGUCUUCGGCGCCGCCGCUUCGCUGCUCCUCGCCUUCUUCUUCUGGCGAUGCACCGGGAAGGGCAAGGCUGGCCGCCGCCGCCAGGGCCGCGGGGGAAGCGAGUCGGAGGUUACUGCCGCCGAAGACGGGAGCUGGUGGGCGGAGCGCCUGCGGGCCGCACACAACCGCCUGGCCCCGGUGUCCUUGUUCCAGAAACCGAUCGUCAAGGUCAAGCUUGCCGACCUGCUGGCAGCCACACAGGACUUCAGCACAAGCCACAUCGUGGUGGCCGGGAGCUCGCGGGCAGGGACCGCAUACCGGGCCGUGCUGCGCGACGGGUCUGCGCUGACGGUGAAGCGCCUGCACUCAUGCCCUCUCUCAGAGAAGGCGUUCAGGUCGGAGAUGGGGCGGAUUGGGCAGCUGCGCCACCCCAACAUCGUGCCGCUGCUGGGGUUCUGUGUUGUUGAGGAGGAGCGGCUGCUGGUGUACAAGCAUAUGGAGAGUGGGGCUCUUUCCAAGGUGAUGAAGGAGCCAGGGGAGACAUUGCUGGAUUGGGCGACGCGGCUCAGGAUUGCUGUUGGGGCGGCGCGUGGUCUUGCGUGGCUGCACCAUGGUUUCCAGAUGCCACAGAUUCACCAGAACUUGAGCUCAAGCGCGGUGCUUCUCGACGAGGACUAUGAGGCUCGGAUCACAGAUGUUGGGCUCACAAGGCUGGUCCGGAUGGCCCCAGGUGAAGGUGGAGAUACAAGCCCCUUCCUCAAUGGCGACUUCGGGGAGUUUGGGUAUGUUGCCCCAGAGUAUGCUAGCAAUCCAGUUGGUACCAUGAAGGGUGAUACAUAUGCUUUUGGGGUCAUACUAUUGGAGCUCGUGAGCGGGCAGGAGGCUGCCUCUGUGUCAAGUGAUGUGGGUGAAGGAUUCAAGGGGACAUUGGUGGAUUGGGUAUAUCAGCUCAAGAGCACCGGCCGAAUCGCCGAUGCUGUGGAUAAGUCAUUGAAGGGCUCUGAUGCAGAGAUCAGCGAGUUCUUGAAGGUGGCUUUUCAGUGUAUUGUGGCUCGGCCAAAGGAGAGGAUCUCAAUGUACAGGGUUUACCACUCUCUGAAGAGCAUUGGAACGGGCCGUGAUGUCUCGGAGCAGUUUGACGAAUUUCCGCUGGCCUAUAACAAGGACGACGCGGACACCUGA